UAGUGGGGCUUCUCACGUGACAGAUGAAGACCAAUGAAAGUGAACCUACAUAACAAUAAUCGACAACAAACAGUAGCGGAUUGACGGCUCUACAGCAUCUACAGUAUUGUAUCAAUAUUCUGUUUUUGUUGCACUUGUUUUUUUUGGUCGACUGAUUUAUUGACUCUUGGUGCGACGUUUAAAUAUUAAUUAGUCAACUGUGUGUUCUUUGGAAUCUGACGCUUAGCACACAACGUCGCAGAUGCUGUACGAUAAAUCCAACGAUCGUGCGAUAUACAUUAUACAUUGUAUUUUUUGAUGUACAGUGGACUAUUUUGUUUUGGGAUAUCUGUCCUUGCGAUUGUAAAAAAUGAAGGACUUUUAUCAAACAACUUAUUGGGGCAGUGGCUGCCUGCUUGCUAGCUAGAUCUCUCAUGGUCGGACGCACUUGAGCCCAGCGGGGGUCCUGGAGGGGAGCGGACUAUGAUCCAUGGAGAAGUCGCGGAGGUUGACGCUCUAACAUGCUAGGACGAUGUUCAAAAAUGUAUUCGGCUCAGGGUUCCUUGUACGAACAGCUCAUGUUAUUUUGACAUGGGUCAUCACCCUCAUCCUGUUCCUGCAUGAUACAGAUCUGAGGAAGCAUGAAGAGAAUGGCAGGCUUGUUCAGCCCGUGCUCUUCGUCCUGCUGGUGCUGGUGUCCGUCUUGCUUUAUUUCGCCGUCUCCCUGAUGGACCCUGGAUUCAUCCUCAACGAUGACAACGGUUUGCAGUUCACCCUGGGGACUACAGAGGAGCAGCAGGACAUGAUCCCCCCCCCCACCUCCAAGUCCCUGCGCCAGCGCCGCUGCGGACACUGCCUGCUUCAGCAGCAGCCAAUGAGGUCCAAGCACUGCCAGACGUGUCAGCACUGCGUGCGCCGCUACGACCACCACUGCCCCUGGAUCGAGAACUGCGUGGGCGAGCGCAACCACCGCUGGUUCGUGCUCUACCUGGCCGUCCAGCUGCUGGUGCUGCUGUGGGGGCUGCACAUGGCCUGGACGGGCUUCAGUGCGGCGGACUCGUGGCAGGCGUGGCUGCGCUCCAACGGCGUGCUGCUGGCGGCGGCGGCGGCGGUGGCCCUGCUCUCGCUGACGGUGCUGCUGCUGCUGGGGUCCCACCUCUACCUGGUCUCCCUCAACACCACCACCUGGGAGUUCAUGUCCCGCCACCGCAUCUCCUACCUGCGGCACUGCGGCGCCGACGAGAACCCCUUCGACCGCGGCGCCGCCCUCAACCUGUGGGGCUUCUUCUGUGCGCCGGGUGGGUCCGCGGUGGUGUGGGAGCAGGUGUACUUCAGAGAGGGCAGCGACCCUGUGUGACCGACCCCGGAGGGACCCGCCAUCGCAAAGGGGCCAUUUUCUUACUUUUUUUUAAGAUUAGCUUUCUUUUUAGACAGGAAAAUAUGGGAGAGAGGGGAGGAAUUGCACCAAAGGACCAUGGGAAGGAUUCGAACCCGGUUUCGCUGCGAUCAGGACUGAGCCUGUAUUGUACAUGCUCAACCUGGUGAGGGGCGCCCCGUAGGUGGGUGGGGAAACCGGCAAUGAGAGCACAGUGCAGCCGUCGGAACCAGAUCAAAUCCAAUCCGCCCCAGCUGAGGUGAACCCGUUCCAGGGUUUGUGGUCAACUGGUUACAUGAGUGGGAAAAGUGAAGAUGUACUCGAAUUAAUUUGAAUAUUUUUUUUUAAUCAUUCUGAAAUAACCGAAUACUAUGACAUGAAAUAAGCUAAGACGUAGAUAUAGUCUGUUUCAUUCGUUUAUACUUUAUUAGGGGACUAAUACUGUUUGCAACAAACUGUGUUUCAUUCUCAAACAAUUGUUUACAAUCUUUAAAGUAUAUAAGCAACAAUCGAUAUUGUUUUGGUGUAUAUCCUUUGCGUUUAAGUGUGUAGUUUGAGUGGUUUGGCGAAGGAUUGUAAAACCCCUGUAACACACAAGCUUACAAUGACUUGUUUAUGCACUUCCAUCCUACUGGACCUUACCCCUGCCCUUCAUGGACUUUUUACUUGAAAUGGAAAUUUACUGAAAUGGAAACUUGCGUAACGGUUUGAUAGCUCUCCCAAGCAUGCAUACCAGAUCAAAAUCCAUCCUUGGCAGAUUUAUUUUCUAUACUCUUGAUGUACCGUUUACACUUUAGUGAUUCUGUGGUUGUUUUGAUAUUAUCUGUGGUGUGUUUUAUUAACUCAACACAAAAAUAACUUUACAGGGUUCAUUUUGCACAAUUAUUUUUUUUCUACUACUGUUAAUUGUAUUUAAUUAUGUUUUGAGUACUUUGUUAAAAAGUGUAUUUUUGUUUAGUACAAUCCUUGUGUGCUACAUUUUCCGAGAGUAAGCAUUUCAAUCGAUUUUGUAUUUUUGACUACUAUUUUGAAAUAGGUUUUGAAAGGUUUGACUUUUGUAUUUGUAGUUUUUAAUACAGCUACUUAAAAUCCCCCAUGCAUUGUUUGGUAUUCCCAUGAUGGCUUUUCCCUGUGAAAUAGAUACUCUAAAGCAAUAAAUGUAUUUAACUUACAGUAUCUGUUGUAUUGGAAAAAGUGCUAAAUGCAAGUUAAUGUCAGUGAAAGAUGUUGUGGAAACAAAAUGAUAACAUUUGUGUGCUUAUCUUUAUUUUAUAAUGGUUAUAAAAUUAAUAUGAAUAAAAAACCAUUGUUUGAUGGAUCAGAAUUUA